CUGGCCGCGAUACCAUCUUCUAGGCCAUCCAGGAGCGUGUAAACCUGAACUCUGGACGAUAAGAUAAUACAACACCAUGCUCGCCGCCGCCUCAUCCUUCUUCUCCCGGUCAAAUAUCUCCCAAAACUACACCUUCGGACCCUCCUCAACGACCUCUUUCUCCUCCGCAACCUCCUCGCGCUCCGGCACCCCAGUCCAAAACUCAUCAGGCUCAGGCGGGUCCGCAUCGCUCCCAGCCGUCGCACACGCCCCUCCGUUCCAGGUCGGACUAUGGAAGGUGCAGAGCGCGGCGCAUAAGACGACGGGGAAGAGGGUGAGCGUGUGGACGUUCGAGAAGCGGGGCGCGGAGAUGGAGAGGAUGACGGCGGCAGCGAAGGAGAAGACGAUGGAGGUGCUGAAGACUGAGGCGUCGUCCUUGAGUAGGCUACGGCAUCCGUCCAUACUAGAGGUCGUUGAACCGCUCGAAGAAACACGCAGCGAGCUCAUCUUCGCCACGGAACCCCUCCUCUCAUCUCUAUACCUAUCCAUCCCUGCGUCGCCACAUCACUCGCCACUCGUCGACCUGGAUGAAGUCGAAAUCCAGAAAGGUAUCCUCCAGAUAUGCAAAGGCCUCGCCUUCCUGCACACCUCCGCACGGAUAAUCCACUCUAACAUCACACCCGAGAGUAUCCUCAUCAACAACGCCGGCGACUGGAAACUCGGAGGCCUCGGUCUGACUAUCCCUCUCAGACGCCCUGACGGAUCCGCAACGAGCUGGGAGUUCCCAACGUUCGACAGCAGGAUGAACCCAUACACACAACGAUCGUUCGAUUAUAUCGCACCGGAAUACGCGCUGGACGAGGUCCUGACGACCGCCUCUGAUAUGUAUUCCCUCGGAUGCUUGACAUAUGCCGUACACAGUAAAGGCGACGCUCCCUUCAAGAACUUUGGGAAUCUGGGGAGCAUAAGAGACAACGCCGGGAGGCCUGUCCCGCGAAUGGACAGAUUCGACCGGGACCUGCAAUCGAUGCUAUCCACACUGAUCACCCGUCAACCGCACUCCCGACCUUCGCCUGAAUCACUCCCCUCGCACGCCUUCUUCUCCUCCCUACCCAUCUCGACGCUCAAUUUCCUCGAUCGGAGCAAUUUCGCGGGGAAGACGAGGGAGGAGAAAGUUUCGUUCAUGAAGGGACUCGCGAAUGUCUUGGAGCGGUUCAGUGAGGGCUUGAGGAUCAGGAAGAUCUUGCCUUCCUUGCUGGAAGAGAUGAAAGACCCCCACCUCCUCCCCUCCCUCCUCCCCAACAUCUUCCAAAUCUCCCGCAUCCUCACCCCCUCCCAAUUCGCCUCCCUCGUCCUUCCUUCCCUCAAGCCCCUCUUCGCCAUCAAAGAGCCGCCCCAAAACAUGCUCACGCUACUCGACAACCUCUCCACCCUCCAAUCCAAAACCGAAAAGGUCGUGUUCCGGGAGCAUGUGUUGCCGCUGGUGUAUAAUGCGCUGGAGAGCGAACAUGCGGUGGUGCAGGAGAGGGCGUUGGGGGUGGUGCCGGAGUUGUGUGAGAGUAUUGAUUAUGCGGAGGUGCAGGGGGUUUUGUUCCCCAGGGUUGCGAUGGUAUUCACAAAAACAAGGAUCCUGUCCGUUAAAGUCGCGACGCUGGCCACGUUCCUGAGCAUGGUCAAGACCCUAGACCAGACAAGCCUAACACAGAAACUCGUUCCCCUCCUGUCCAAGAUCCGGACGAAAGAGCCCGCUGUGACGAUGGGAACGCUACAAGUUCAGGAAGCGAUGGGCAUGAAAGUUGAUAGAGAGGCGGUCGCGACGCUGGUGUUGCCGCAGUUGUGGGUUAUGGCGAUGGGACCGCUCCUCAACGUCGACCAAUUCACCCGCUUCAUGGGCGUCAUCAAAAAACUCGGCGAACGCGUCGAGAAAGAACAUAACCAGUAUCUUCGGGACUCGCAGCGUCACGAGGAUCGAUCGGCGAUGACCGUGAAUGGCUCGGGGAUAGGUGGGAGUGGUGGUGCGUUUGGCCAGCCGGUGGACUUUGAGAGUUUGGUGGCGGGGGCGAGUGGGACGGUUAAGGCUGAUAAUCCUGGUGCUGGUGUGGGGAUGGAUUCGAUGGCGAUGGCGGGAGGUACGGGGGCAGGAGGAGGGACGGAUUGGAGCGAUGAUGUAUGGGGGAGUAUUUUGGCUUCGCCGACUGAGGCUUCACAAGCACACAACCCCACCUCGCCCUCCCCCUUCGCAACCCAAUCCUUCUCGUCCUCCUUCCCCGCUCCCACACCCGCCCCCCUGCCCCAACCCCAAUCGCGCCCUCCAACUCUCCCCACACCACCACGCACAACCUCCAACUCGAACUCCUUCCCCAGCACACCAAGCACGCUCAACCCCAGCUCCACACGCUCCUUCUCCUCAUCCACAUCUUCCUCUUCACGAAUGGGACCAGGCAAAGGACCGCUCGGCGCAAAACCGAUCCAUUCGUCCUCGUUCAACACAGCCGCGUUCCCUCCUCCGCCUGUAUCAGGGCCCUCGACGCAUUCAUCACAACCUAGCAUCGCUAUGGGUGGGAUGAUGCAGCCUCUUCAGCCUACAAAUACCGGCUCGUCCUUAUCCUCGUCGAAUAACGGAAUCGGGCUAGGCCUGGGAAUGGGAGCGGGAAUGGGAGGAGGAAGCGCGAAACCGAAUUAUAAUCUCUCGUUGGCGGACGUAGCGACGACGCCGAAUGGUCCGCCGAGACCUGCGUUCACGUCUGCGAUGUCGGCGCCUGCGAUCCAGCCUGCGCAGAGUGGACCGAAUUACGAUUUGUCGAAUUCGUUUGGGUCGAGCACGAAUACCAACAACAUGAUGGCCACGCACACGAAUGGGAACGGGAAUGGGAUGGGCGGGAUGAUGGGGAAUGGGAUGGGGAAUGGGAUGGGUAACGGCCUGGGGAUGGGGAUGAGCAUGAGUUCGCCACCGUUAACUGCUGCUGCUGCUGCGAGGCCGCCAACGAUGGGGAUGGGGAUAGGGAUGGGCGAUUUGUUGACGCCGAGUAAACCGGUGCAGCCUGCUUGGGGAGGUGGGGCCGGGACGACGGGUCAGCUUUCGAAGAGCGACUGGGGCGAUUUCGAUCCGUUGGCUUGAUGGGACUUCGUAGUCGUAAUACGUAUCGGCGGGAGUCACUGCUAUGGCUUAAAGUUAUAGGAGCGGUGGGGAGGGUGUGACGGUCAUUGGGUUGGCCGUGGUAAUUUAUGUUGUAGGAGGAUUCAGAGCUGAUUAGACCUUUGUUUUUGUGCUAAUUUUACCUGACUGGAUAGUCGGAUACCCAUACCAAC